AACUGUUUCAGGCAUCUGAAGGAUUCCACAUGCUAAGAUACAGAGGACUUGAGGAUGAUCAUGUGGAAAGUCGAGAGCUCCAUCUUGCUGUGUCAUUGGACGACCCACAACACCUCGCAAAGUUGUUAUCUCUGGACAGAUAUAAGAACUAUGUUGACAGCAGAAGUGGGUGGGGCGUUCCAAUGACCCCUCUGCGACAGGCUGCUUCGAAUGGCUCUGUGGAGUGCCUGAAGAUCCUUUUGGCCAAUGGCGCAGAGGUGGACAGCCUGGAUGUGAAAGCCCAGACUCCUCUCUUUGCUGCUGUCAGUGGUGGCCAUUCUGAGUGUGUUCGAGUAUUAUUAGAAGCUGGAGCCAAUCCCCGUGGCAGUGUCCACAAUAACUGUACCCCUGUACUUACAGCAGCUAGAGAAGGGAAUGCCCAAAUCCUUAAGGAACUUCUUGAAUAUGGAGCUGAUGCCAACGUCCGAGCAAAGUUGGCUAACAGAGCCACUCCCAACCCGGGCUGUACUGGACCUUUAUAUCUUGCAGCAGUGUAUGGCCACUUGGAGUGUUUCAGAAGUCUUCUUCUUUAUGGUGCUGACCCAAAUUAUAAUUGUACAGACCUCCAACUUUUAAAAAAAAUGAAGCAUCCACAAUCCGUGCUCGAGAUAUGUUUGAAACACCAGUGUCACCCCGAAUUUGUGAAAUUGCUCAUUGACUUUGGUGCUGACUUGUAUUUACCCAAUGUACAUGCAAUGUCAUUGUCAGACAGUCCGUCAUUAAAGCUUAUCGAGAGGGAAAAAGGAUUCCCAGGGUCCCUUAUGUUCCAAUGCCGUGUGACAAUACGGAGGCUGCUUAAGCAAAUGGGAAAACUGCAUCUCAUUGACCAACUGGAGAUGCCUGAUAGAAUAGUGGGAUACUUGCAGCACCACAAUAGUUACUGUCAAAGACAAGACCUAGAAAUAUGUAAUCAGAGGUUCUACUCGCAGCCUGCUUCCUCCCUCAACUUCCCGCCAGUCUCCUCUCUCCCCCUGGAUCCAGUGGAUGGGGUUAGGUCGGGGCCAUGGCUGAAGUGUACCAGCAUCCCAAUCUCUUCCUGCUCCUUCCUGCAGGCCUGUGGGAAGGUAGGGAUCUUCUAUGGGCUGCCAGUAACCGCAGUAGUGGGAGGAGGUGGGCAGGUAGAGGCCGCGCUGGUACAGGAGCAUCAAUCUGCCGAGAAGGGACGCUGGAGUCCGGAGCGCCGAGAGCAGGAGACGGCGGAGGCUCGGGGCCUAGAGCGAAGCGCUGCAGAGAUCCAUGAUGCGGUGCAGAUCCAUGACCACCAACAGCAGUCUUUUAUGGCACUGGGAGCCACACAAACCAGAAGUGUCUGA